AUGUUAAGACAAAUCACCACUGCAAGAAACCAACUUUGCUCGAGCUUUCAAAAGACCGCUCUUCGUUCUUUUGCAUCUGUUGCCAAUACCCACACUGUCACUUUAGUACCUGGAGAUGGCGUUGGCCAAGAGUUGUCUGAAUCAGUAAAAGCAGUUUUCAAAGCCGCAGAGGUUCCUGUUGAAUGGGAGCAAUUUGACUUGUCAGGACAUGUAUCUCGUAACGAUGAUUUGAUGAAAGACACGUUGGCAUCACUGCGUCGAAACAAGGUUGGACUGAAAGGUAUCUUGUACACCCCCGUCUCGAGACUGGGACAUGCCUCGUUCAAUGUGUCUAUGAGAAAGGAUUUGGAUAUCUAUGCUUCUAUUUCACUAGUGAAAACGAUUCCUGGCGUCAAGGCUCGUUUCAGUGAGAUUGAUUUAGCCAUUAUUCGUGAAAAUACAGAGGGCGAGUACUCUGGAUUAGAGCAUCAAUCUUAUCCAGGCGUCGUCGAGUCAUUGAAACUGGUUACACGCUACAAGACGGAACGUAUUGCUCGGUUUGCCUUUGAUUUUGCUUUAAAGAACAAUCGCAAGAAGGUUACUUGUGUCCAUAAGGCCAACAUCAUGAAACUAGGUGAUGGUUUGUUCUUGAAUACGGUUCGUGAUAUCUUUGAAAAAGAGUACACGAAAUCAGGCAUUGUAUUGAAUGAUAUGAUUGUGGACAAUGCUUCCAUGCAACUGGUAUCUCGUCCUCAGCAGUUUGACGUGCUUGUUUUGCCUAAUCUCUACGGCAAUAUCCUCUCCAAUGUCGGCGCAGGCUUAGUGGGUGGGCCUGGUAUCAUCCCUGGAUCAAGCUAUGGGCGUGAAUAUGCUGUAUUCGAGCCUGGUUGUCGUCAUGUAGGCGAGGAUAUCGGUGGAAGCAAUGUUGCCAACCCCACAGCCAUGAUCCUUAGCUCCGUCAUGAUGCUGAGACAUCUCGGUCUUUUGGAUCAUGCCAACCGUAUCUCCAAUGCCGUUUACCUCACCAUUCAAAACAAGGAAUGCCGAACUCGCGAUAUGGGAGGACAGCAAAGCACAACUGAAUUUACAAAGUCUGUCAUUUCAUCCUUGUAA